AUGACGGAAUUUUAUGCGACUUCUCUUGCUUUCUUGAUGUAUUUGGUUUAUGGAACAUUUGCAAAGCAGGAUCAAGGUCACGGAAUGUUGACAAAAUUGAUUGGGGAGAGCAGUUCAAAGCAUGUAGCUUAUCCAAAUUUGGACAGUUCACCUUUCUUUGGUGUCUAUGAUAGUCAUGGAGGAAAACAAGUAUGGGCUGCUUUGUGGAAACUUCGAAUUCCUAACAAGAUCAAGGUCUUUGGAUGGAGAGCAUGCCAUGAGAUUCUGCCAACACGUCUGAACCUUACUAAGCAACGAGUGGUUGAUGACAAUAUUUGCCUGAACUGCACUAGCUUUCCAGAAUCGGUCAUACAUGUCUUGUGGGAUUGUGAUGUUGCUCAGGAUGUGUGGGAUGGGAGCAUAUUGAAGCUGCAAAAGUGCUCACAUGGACAAUCUGACAUGAUCCAGAUUAUUGAAAUGCCACAUGGGGGAAUGUUUCAAGAUCCAAAUUGGUUGAAUAAGAGGGCUGCAGAAUACUUGGAGUAUCAGUUGAAUGCAGCUCCCUUUGUGCAAUCAAGCAGUGAUAUAUGGAAACCGCCUCUUCAAUCUAUCUUCAAAUUGAACUUCAAUGCGGCCAUUUUCUCGAAGAGUAACAGUUCUUGGUUUGGAGCAAUUAUUCGAAAUGAUAAGGGCGAGAUGAUGGCAGCCAUGUCUGCCAAAGUUCCAUCUUUGAGCAGUAGUGAGGAAGCCGAGAUGCUGGCCUGCAGAAAAGCAAUGGAGUUUGCAACUGCUGCUGGAUUUUCAGAACUUGUUGUGGAAGGGGAUAAAUGUUAA